CCUCGUUUGUGCUGAGUUGAUCACGUGUCUUUUGGCGUUUUUGAAGCCGUCAGACCGUACAUCUUGCCGCGAUACUUUUGCUUUGAAAGGUCAGCACCGUGUCGAACCAUCGGUAGUUGGUUCAAACUUUACAGUUUUUAGUCUUUUCCGGUUGUACCGGUUUGAAAGCAGCUGUUUCCCCCCCCCCCUCCCCUGUCUGCGUUUCAUGGCCACUACUUUUUAUUCAGUUUUGUCGCGCAUUUUGGCUACCUCUGUUUCGUAAUUGUUGUAACUGACAUCUCAUUUACCGAGGGUUUGAAAGAUUAUUCUUCUUAUUGUGCACAUUGUGAGGAGUUUGUGACGGGUGAGACGACAGAAUCUGAGAAACGCGUUUUGAUGAGGAAGCGGCUAAUUAUGAUUUCACCAGCUGGCAGGUGGGAGUAGUAUAAGAGAGACGCUACAAUGUGGACAGAUAAGCACAGGGGAAUCAGAGUUUCUCAGGAGGAGCUGCUCUGCAAGAAUACCUGUGGGUAUUAUGGAAACCCUGCAUGGCAAGGCCUCUGCUCCAAAUGCUGGAGGGAGAGAGCACGUCCAGCUGGAGCCCCGAGACAAGACACAAGGCCAAGAAAUGAUGGAACUCCUCUCACCUUCUCCAAAUUUGAGGAGAAGAAAAAUAUUGAGAAAGGUCAUCGAAUUAACACAAUGAGGAGACUCUUCUGGGGCAGCCCAUCGCCUCCAAAACGCCAAGAGUCUUCUGAAAGCCAAACAAAGGCGUUAAAAGCGUAUCAGAGCCUUGAGCCUGGGGACUUCACUGGUUUCCUAAAAAUACUUCGGAGCCCUUCCUCGCAGCGCUUGCAGUCCCGAUGUACAGCUUUUCUCAACACAAUGGAGGCUUACCAUGAUCUGCCGGUACAGAAACAGUCGGAUCUUGUUCUGGAUUUCUACCAGUCUUUUGCUGAAUAUUUUAGCAGUUUUCCUGAUGCCCAGGUCACUCAGAUAAUGGAGCACGUAGAGAAGUUAAUAAUGACGCGGUUGCACAAAUGGGUUUUCUGCCAUGACAGCUGUGAUGAUGAACAGAAAGACCUGGCUCUCCAGAGAAGGAUACGCUCCUUAAACUGGGUUACUCCGCAGAUGCUGAGCGUACCUUUUCCUGAUAAAAAGACUGCCGUCACAAGCGACCCCUUUCUGCCUGCUAUAACAGCAAUAAUUGAAAUGGAUGCCAAACGAGCGCCUCAGGACAAACUUGCAUGUGUGUCCAAAUGCAGUCAGCAUGUCUUCGAGGCGCUCUCCACCUCGAGAAGCGAGCCCGCCAAUGCUGAUGACUUCCUGUCAGGGCUUGUUUAUGUGGUGCUGAAGGCCAAUCCACCCCGCCUACACUCCAACAUGCAAUAUGUGAUUCGGUUUGGUCUCCCUCACAGUCUGAUGGCAGGAGAGAGCGGCUACUAUUUCACAAAUUUGUCUUGUGCUAUGGCUUUCAUUGAAAAGCUGGAUGGACCAGCACUAAACCUCAGUCCUGAAGAGUUUGAGGGCUACAUGCUGCGUCAGCGUGCUCCCUCUGUAGGAAACAAGAGGCAGCAGAUUGUCAGCGACACACAAAACCUGUUAGAAGAGCUAAAAGGCAGACAGGAGAAGCUGGACCAGGGGGUGGUUGCUCUCAACGUGCAGCUGCAAAAGUGGAUGCAAGCAGUUCGUUCACAACUGGAUGAGGCCACAGCACAGUUUGCUCUGGUACAGGAGGAGAUAACAGCUCGACCUGAGCUUUCAAACGUUUUCUCAUCACCAUCUCCUAUUGCAUCACUGCAGGGAGGUGACAAAGACCAGUCAGUGCAGGUGCUUACAGAUCAACAUGCACGUUCAAAAGAAACAGACUGUUAACAAAAAACACCUAAUCUGGUACUUGACUCUUUUUAAUCAUCAGCACUAAUUUAUUUAGGAUGCAAAACAAACAGAUUGGUAUUUCAAUGGCACAUUUGCACAGCUUUCUACCAUAGAAAGCUGGGAUUUUUAAACCAGCUUAACAUGAAGGAAAACUUCUUGAAGGAAACUUUUUGCAUUAAGUAUCAUAGGGCACACAGAGGAUUACUAAUGACUUUGUUAAAAAAGGAUUUGGGGUUGUAUCCUGUUCAAGUAUGAAGGCCAUUAAAAUACAUUCCAGUUUAGGUGUGAAGAAAAGUAAUAUUUAAGCACUCAGGGUACACAGCACUUAGGGAUGUCACCUAACACUUUAAGGGUGCUUAUUUAAUAUUCACCUUUUUGUAACAGUCUAUGCCAGUGUGCCUGUAUGUAAACUGCUGUGAAAUUAAAAUAUAUGCUACAGGAAAAAUGUUAGACGCAGUUAUGGACCACUACAAGUCAAACCAUGUUUUUCAGAGCUGAGUAACUGUUCUCAAUAUGUUGCCUUCACUGUUUGUUUAAAGAUGAAAGAAAGUGGUGCAAAACAAAUUGUAAUGCAUCCUACCAUCUGCAUUAGCGUGAAGAAGGUACGUGUUGUUUACAACUCUUGAAAGGUUUAGAAGAAAUUUAAGGGAUUUGUGUUCUGAUCAAUGAUUGUAUCUAAUUAUUAUAUUAAAGUUGAGUUAAAUAAUUUAAUAGAAUGUGUUUUU